UCCCCCGCCUUGUAAUUUGCACAAGAGGCCCUUUUCUGCUUCUUGCAUCUGAAAAAUAACUGCUUUGACUGGAAACAAGGCAGCCCUAAGAGUUAUAAAAGGAUGGUCUCCUUGCAAUAGCAGAGGCAGCUUGCUUUCAUCAUCCCUUUCCCUCAAAUUUCUGGUGAUGGAAGCUAGAUAUUGCUCUCUAAUACUGUCGUAUAAUUGACAGCGCAGCAGAUAACGUGCAAGAUCUUCAUUCUUUAUUCCUACACAUUGCUUAUGCAUAAAGUCAGACAGAACAGUUGCCUUCACUGGGUUCCAAGUUCAGCAGCAUAUAAGAUUAAUUUUCUCAGAUCAAGAAACAUGUCUGAUGAAGAAAGUGUUAGCACCUUAGCCUACAGCAAGAGUCCAAAAUUCUCCAAAAGAACCUCUUUUCAGGCAGAGUUACAGGAAGCACUUUCUGCUCGUGCAGCAAAACAACAAAUGGCUGACUAUUCCGAAGACUUUGAAAGUGAUGAUGAAGGUUCAGAAGAGGAGUUUCCUGAAAUUUUGGAAAACAACCCAAAGAAAUCUGUUGGUUUUACAAUACCAUUAUGCAAGAAGAAUCAUGGCAAUAGGAGCAGUUUGAAAAGUGAAAGUGAAGAUGAUUUGUCUUCAUCAGAUGUAGAUCAGAGACCUCACUAUGUGUCCAAGCUGGAGAAAGAAGUUUUGAGGGAAGAGAGGGAAGCUGUCCCCUUUUCACUGACAGAACAUUCUGGGUCGUAUGAAGAGCAUGUAGGGAAGAAAUCCAUUCCAUUUGAAGGACCUUUGCGAGACUGCCGUUUUUCUGAAAAAGAAACUGCUAAUGCCUUUGUUCUGGGAGAAGAUGAGGAGACAUCUCAGGAAACAACAGGGUUGAAAAAUAAACGUCUGAGCAAAGAGGCACAGGAUGAUGAAUCAGUUUCUGAAGAAGGAUCAAGAUUUGAAGAAGAGGGUGAACAACUUGAUGAAGUACCUGUGUUUGAGCUGCAGUUAGAAAGUGAUGAUGUAAUUCAACAGAAAACUGAAAUCAAGCCUGUGCCAAAGCCAAGGGAAUUCAAGAGCAAGGCAGCAUCAGUAUCUGCUGAAAAUAUCAGCAUUCCUGCAUUACAUGAUUAUUCAAAGCCAUCUCCUCAACCCAGGAGUGUUUUGAGAAAAAGUAGUCAUGUGGAAGAUUAUGAAGGAAGCAAGGCAGAAGAUAAAGCAUCUCAUAAUUACAGAUUCUUUUCUUUGUCGGCACCAUCUUCUGAAACAAAGUUAAAUGAUCAAGUGAUGAAAUCUGAAAGAAGAGCACUUGCAGAAAGUCCUGGUCCUGAGGGCCCCUGGAUUGCAAGCUCCUCAUCACCAUUUCCUAUUCAUUUUUCUUCAGUGGAUGAGAGAACUGGUGAUUCCAACUUAAGACUAUCUGGGGAAGAACAAUUUCCAAAAGAUGAGGAACAAAAAGAAACUGGCAACAGUAGUGAUCUUAAAUUGCUGGAGAGUGACAGAAAAUCACCUUCUGUGAUAGAACUAAUGAUGACAACAGUGUAUGAGAAAACUAAGAAAUUACAGAAGUCAACUGAAGAUGAUCUAGAAGAAAAGCUGGAGGCAUUGGAACGCAGUGCUAUUGAGGAUGGAUCAAAAAAGACAACAGAAGAUGAUAAAUUUGAACAGAAGUUAGAACUAAAUACUUCACAGUCUGCACUGGGUGUGUCAAAGGAUUCAGUAAAGGAGGAGAGUGAAGAAAGUGAAAUAGUUGCACAAAAUGUAAAAUCUUCAAUAAGCAGGUCUUUGAGCACUACAUAUUUAAAGAAAACUGGGAAACCCUCUCAUAUCCCAAUAAGUACAUCAUCUCAGUACUUAGGAACCUUAAAGUUCUUGGACAACAAGCAUUUACAAAAAUACAGUGCUGAACUUGAUAAAGCAGACAGUUUGAGAGCAGCAGUUUAUCAGGAUUGGGUGGAAAAGAAGAGAAUAUUCCUGUUGGAACUACAAAGAAUUAAAAGAAACAAAGCUGAGAACUUGCGGGAAAAAAGUGAAAAGAAGGAAGCUGCUAAGAGAGAAGAAGCACUUGCAUCCUUUAAAGCUUGGAAGGCUAUGAAGGAAAAAGAAGCAAAAAAAUUGGCUGAGAAGAAGAAGUUGGAAGAGGCAAAGAAAAGGAAAGAAGCAGAACUAAAUGAGAAGAAAAAGGAAGAGGCACAAAAGGCAGCAUUUGAGAAAUGGAAAGAAAAGAAAGCAGAAUAUUUGAAACAGCAAUUAGAAAGGGAGAAAAGAGUUGAAAGAUUAAAAAAGAAGAAAGAGGAGAAGAUUAUUGCGGAGAAGAAGAAAGACAGCAGAUCUGCUGUUGAAAAAUGGAAUGAAAAAAAAGAAGAAUUCAUGAAGCAAAAGAAAAAAGAAAAAAUCCAAGAAAGAAAAAAAGAAGUAGAACAAGAAGUUGAGAUGAAAGAAAAAGAUCAAAAAGCCAUAGAGGCAUAUGAAAAAUGGUUGGAACAGCCACUUCCGCAAGGCCUUGUCAGCACAGCCCAGAACCAGCAAAGCAUAGCAGCAGCUGCUGCACAAGAAAAGAAAGAGAUGGAUGAAAUGAUUCAGAGAAAGCAGAAGAAGCUCCAGGUGAUCCUUGAAGAUGAAACUCCACCUCCAUGGAGCCCACCUGGCAAAGUUAUGCCCUCAAGAAGCUACUGAGAUGCCAGUGUCAUGAGGAACGUUCCAGUGUUUGGCCAUCACCUAAUCGUCAUUAUUCCACAACAUCUGAUUUUAACAUGAAAUUGGCUCUUGUAUCCUUUCUUUGUAGGUGGAGAUUUGGCUCCUUUGUAUAGGAACACCAGAUGUCCUAAAUGUGUGAAACUCAGUAUGUAACAUAAUUUCCCAGGGUUUUUUAAAAAUCCAUUUUGACAAAGCCACUCAUACAUUGAAAGUGCAAAGUGCAGCAGCUAAUACAAGUACAGUAGAAGCAAAAUCUCUGUUGAUUACAGGAUUUUUGGAAUACUCAAAGGAUAGUAUUCUAAGUACACUUUUUAAUUAUAGUUAAGCAGGGUAAAUAGCUGUGACAUCAUUUCUAAGAGCCUUAUCGCACAAGAAAAGAAAGUGGAAACGGAUCUGGAAAGUAGCAGCUUUCUGGGUGCCUUACAUGACAUCAUAGCUCUUCAGUUCUCUUCCCGUAGUAGACAACUAUAAAAGCAUGUCUUCUGUCAAACAGAUUUUUCCAGCUAUAAAAAAAGACAGGCUUUUAAAACCAUCUCCCAUGGGAAAAGAACUGAAGCAUGUGACAUGUGGUAAAGCAUGGAAAAAGCUGCUACUCUCUGUUCCAUUUCCACUUUCUUUUCUUGUGCAAUAAGGCUUUAAGUGCUUCUUAAUGCAUUACCUGAUCCCUUUUUUAAAGAAAAAUAUCACAAUAUGGUUCUCUGAUACAUUGUGAGAUCACAUUCAUUUCAAACAAGUCAGGGCAUCAUAUUUUGGCACUUUAGAAACACCAUACUAUACAGUGGGCCCUUGGUAUCCACUAGGGUUUGGUUCCAUGACCCCACCAGAUACCAGAAUCAGUGAAUGCUCAUGUCCCGUUAAAUAAAAUGGCAUAGUACAGUGGGACCCCAGUAUCUGCAGGGGAUCCAUUCCGGACCCACCCCACCCCACCCA